AUGGCCGCCUCAAUUUCCCUCCUAGCGCAAACGCCCGCCGCCGUCCGCAUUGCGGCCGGCUCGUUGCCUGCACCGCUUUCAACGAGCCCUUCUCCCGCCCAACAACUCCGCGUUAUUCCCGCGGAUUCCUCUCUCCGCGCAAUUGCCGCCGCCCCCUUCCGCUCUGCCUUCCCUGCCUCUUCCCGCCGCGGGCGCUUCACAGUCCGCGCUGCUUCCGCUGACGAAACCACGUCAGCAGCUGCCGGAACCACGUCAGCGGCAUCAGCCUCCACCACCACCACCACCACCACCACCACCACCACCACUGCCGUCACGGAGGCCCCGGCGGAUGCUGCGGCGGCAGCCGCAACAGCCGCCGCAGAAUCGACAGCGGCAGGGACCGAAUCAGAGCCAAUAGUAGACGAAGCGCCUAAGAAGAAGCGGCGCGCGCCGCCGAGGAAAUUAAAGCGCGAGGAGAAGGCGGUGGCGACGUGGGGAUGGGACGGGCGGUCCGCGCGCGAUCUCGACUCGCUAGAGCAAUGGCUGCGCGCGAAGGGGCUUCCGCAGCAGAAGUUGGCGCUGCGGCUCGUGCGCGAAGGAGGCCGCGGGCUGGUGGCGACGGAAAACAUCGGCAAGGGGGAGGGCAUCCUGAACAUUCCCGAGAAGCUGCUUAUAACGGGAGAAACGGUGUACAGCUGUCCCCGCGUGGGCGCACUGCUUAAGGCGGCCAACGUGCCGGAUUGGCCGGCAUUGGCUGUCUACUUGCUGAGCGAGGCCGGCAGAGGGGCGGCGUCUGAGUGGAGUGGGUACAUCGAGACGCUGCCUCGCGCCCCGCCCUGCAUCCUGCAGUGGUCUAUUGACGAGGUGGAUGUGCUUCUAAAGGGGUCUCCUGUCAGGCAGCGCGCGAUUGAAGCCAUUGCUGACGUCACAAACACGUUCUCAGAGCUUGAGGCUGCGCUUUUCUCGAAGCACAGAGACGUCUUUCCAGAGAAGCUAUUCACGCUCAACAACUUCAAGUGGGCCUUUGCUGUGCUCUUCUCCCGCCUGGUCCGCCUGCCAUCGCGCAACAACCGCCUGGCGCUGGUGCCGUGGGGGGAUAUGCUCAACCACAGAUGCGAGAUCGAGUCAUGCAUUGAUGUGGACACGUGGAAGGGCAGUGUCGUUUUCACCACUGACCGUGCGUUUGCCAAGGGCAAGGAGGUGUUUGUCUCGUAUGGCCCCAAGUCCAAUGGAGAGCUCCUGCUGGCCUAUGGAGUCGUGCCCGCCACGCGCAACCCCAGUGACUCCGUCUCGCUGCUGCUCGCGCUCUCCCCAGAUGACCCGCUCCUGCCUGUUAAGGAGGCAGCACUGCAGGCCAACGGGCUGACCUGCCCACUCUCCUUCCCUGUCCGCAUGGACGGCUGGCCCUCCCAGCUGCUCGCCUUUGCUCGCCUCGUGGCAGCAGGGCCGUCCGUGCCCGAGGAGCAGAUCAGAGAGCUAGCAGCAGCGACGUCAUUCGCCGGUUCGCCCUCCUCCCCCUCGGCACCUGCUAAGCGAGAGAUGCCAUCGCUGCCCUUCACCGCCUCCUUCACGCUCGACCACGAGCUGGAGGCCAGGGAGGUCAUUCUUGCUGCCUGCCGCCUGGCCCUGGCUGGCUACUCCACCACUCUCCAGGAGGACGAAGCCCUAUUGGAGGGCAACAGCGAUGAUUACCUGGAGGAUGAUGGCGAGCAGAGGGUGCGCGUGAUGGCUGCUGCUGCCCUGCGUAGCAGCGAGAGGCGCAUUCUGCUGCGAACAGACUUCGUGCUUCGCUCUGAGCUGAGGGACAUGCGCAAUGCGCAGCAGGCCAAGGCGGGAGGCAAGCAGAAGAUCGACCUGGGCAACAACUUUGGCGGGGAGAGCGCGAGCUUCAUUGGCAAGAUUCUGAGGAGAAUAUCGCGUGUGGAGUAG